AUGGGAUGUACCAGUGCCGCGCGCUUCCUUGCUGCGCUUGGCAUAUUCGACUUCCCGGUGUAUGGCCUUGCGACGUAUGGUACAAAAGGCCUGUGCUGCUUCAUCGUGGAUGUCGACCGAGAUGGCACCGAGUUCGACAUAGCUGAAGAAACUGGAAUCCUCCGUUGUGCCGACUUCUUCGGCAUGGUAAACAGGAGCGCGGCGGAUCUACUCGCCCGAUUCGAACAAGCCAAGCCAUCGUUAUCAGAGCGUUUGAAGUCCGAGGAAGGCAGGGCGUCGCUCAGUUGGACCUCACGGUCGCAG